CUGCUCGCAAGGGCUCCUCCGGUCCUCUCUAGGCGUCCCGGAGCAAGUUCCGCGUCUCUAUUGCUGGCCCGAGGCUCAGCCCACGUCCCGUCGUGCCUCGCGGCGCCCUCGAGUCGCGGAAACACAGCGGCUGCCUGGCUCCGGCUGGGGUCCUGCAGCGCGCGCGGGGAAGGGUCGCCGCUCGGUCAGCGCCGCCCGGGGCCCGAGGCCCCGGAGGACUUUCCCGUCCCGCCCGCAGUCCCGCGCCUUGCGUCCGGUCCCGCGGCGGAGAAGCGGCAUGGAAGCCGAGGACCUCCAGGAGGACUUGACCUGCUCCAUCUGCCUGGACUAUUUCGAGGACCCAGUGUCCAUCGAAUGCGGCCAUAACUUCUGCCGCGGCUGCCUGCACCGCAGCUGGGCGCCGAGCGGCGGCGCGUUCCCCUGCCCCGAGUGCCGGCAGCCGUCGGCGCCCGCCGCUCUGCGGCCCAACUGGGCCCUGGCCCGGCUGACGGAGAAGACGCGGCGCCGGCGACAGGGCCCGGUGCCCCCUGGCCUGUGUGGCCGCCACUGGGAAGCGCUGCGGCUCUUCUGCGAGAACGACCAGCGGCCCGUGUGCUUGGUGUGCAAGGAGUCGCAGGAGCACCAGGCGCACACCAUGGCGCCCAUCGACGAGGCCUUCGCCAGCUACCGGGAAAAACUUCUUGAGACUCAGUGUAGUCUGACGGCCAAGAUGAAGAAAGCCAUGCAUUUGCAGGACAUGGAAGUGAAAAAUGCUACUGAGUGGAAGGAGAAGAUGAAAAACCAGCGAAUGAGAUUCGGUGCAGAGUUUGCAAAGCUGCACCACUUCCUGGCCGAAGAAGAGCAGCAGUUUCUUCAGAGACUAAGCAAGGAAGAGGAAGAGACAAAGAAGAAACAGAAUGAGAACACGUUAAAGCUCCAUCAGAUGAUCACUUCCUUGAAGGAGCUCAUCCUAGAGGUCGGGAGGAAGAGCCAGAGCCCCGCCCUGGAGUUGCUGCAGAAUCCAAAAGAUGUAUUGACCAGGAGUGAGAACCAAGAUGUGAACUAUUCCCCUGAAGUUCUAACAGUGAAGACUGUGUGCAAGAUACCCAUGAUGAAGGAAAUGCUGAAGCGAUUCCAAGUGGCUGUAAAUCUAGCUGAACACACAGCCCAUCCCAAACUUGUCUUCUCCCAGGAAGGGAGAUUUGUGAAAAAUGGAGCAUCAGCCAGUUCUUGGCCAUUGUUUUCCUCAGCUUGGGGCUACGUUAGUGGAUGGAGGAACCCUCCAAAGACCACACAGUCUGUGGAAAGAUUUCAGCACUUACCCUGUGUUUUGGGAAAAAACGUUUUCACUUCAGUGCGCAUGGAAGUGCCACGUGAAGACACAGAGAGAAGAUGGCUGCGGGAGAGAUUGGUGUCAUGCUGCCACAAGCCAGCUGAGGGCUGCUAGAAGCUGGAAAAGGCAAGGAAGAACCCUUCUCUAGGAGCUUUUAGAGGAGCAUGGCUCUGCCAACCCCUUGAUUUCAGACCUAUAGCCUCCAGAACUGUGAGAUGAUAAACUUUUGUUAUUUUAAGCUUCUGGUUUGUGGCUUGUUACGGAGCCUUAGGAAGCAAAUACAUGUGCCCAUCAGGACUUCUCCAGUGCCUGCCUUGUUUGUUUCCAGUCCUUAGGAAACUCAUCACUACCUUUCUUCCAUCUUCCUCCUGAGCUGUUGAGCCAGCUUCUGCUACAAAGUCUAGCUUUCUGACUUCAAGUGGGCUCCUUGAGCUGCUUAGUGAACAACACUUAUUUUUUUACCCCUUGACUUUCUCUUACAUCUCUGGUGGCAGUGAUUCCAGACCAUUUCCUCCUCUCUCAAGGCUUCAUGAGCCCUCAUUCAUACUAGUAUAGGGGAGGGAAACUUUACCUCUACCUGUCUUAGGUUUUCAGCUGGGCCUCUUAACAAGAAGUCAGAUUAACAAGAGAAAAACAGUUUAUUAAUACAUGCAGCACACACCAUUCAGGAGAAACCUAAAAUGAAGAGUAACUCAAAGUGGAGGCUUAGAAUUCUGGCUUACAUAGUACUUUUAACAAAUAAUAGUACAUUUGUGGAGAGAUGACAGGAUGAAGGAAGAAUAUCUUAGCCUUCCAGGUGUGGCAGUCCGUGGGAAGGUAAAUGCAUGUGAGGAAACUAAUGGAAGAAAUGCUUGUUUGCAGAUUCCUCUUUGGUGUUAUCUCCAGCAAAAGGAGAAUGUAUAUCCUGUCUGCAGACAGAAAAAGGGGAGCUUUUUCUGGGUUUGCUGCUCUUAAUUGCCUUCAGCUCAUGCUAAAGAGGCAUAUUUUGGGCUGACACAUUCUGGUUUCCUUCACUAUUAUAAAAGACCUUGCCUCUUUUACUGAGAAUAUUCUUCUCUUCUCUUACUCUACCUAUUUUAUUACCAAAAUUUUUUGCCUCUUUUGUGUGUCUUGAUAUUGGCUCCUCUCAGGUAUGGGAUGGGACACAGGUAUCAUAUUUACUAAAAAUGAAAUAAACUCUUAUGAUGCUUCUGAUGUACAAACAGAACUAUUACAAAAACUUGUAAUAGUUUUCAGUGUUACUUAGGGAUUUUUCUGAGUCUUUACUAUGUUAACAUGUUAUGACAUAUUGGAAGAGGUAUUUUAUUACACAGGAUUUCUCAAACUUAUUUCACCACAGGAACUAACUGAGGGACCAGCUCAGAGACUUCCCAGAACAUGGUUUGGUAACAACUAUUUAUCCUAAACUUUCUCCAGAAGAUCUUGACUCUCUCAGAUUUCAACCUAGACUUGCACUGCCCCACCCUGAAAGUUGAUGGGUACGUGCAUAGGUGCUAUAAGCACAAAUGUCUAUACUGUGUGAUAGUGGAUAAGGCUCUGCUGAAAUCUUUUCUCUUGGAGACUGGGUUUUUGUUAUGUAGAGCAUUCUAGGCACAUAUUUCAAUGAUGUCUAUUCCUCCUCCUCCUGGCUCUGGCAGGAGGAGAUCUUUCUCAACUUUUCAUUCUGAGAAUUUGGUGGAGUUCCUGGAGGUAAAUCCAUAAAUAUUUGCUCUCCAACCCCCAACCCUGCAGCUCCCAGAAGUUUCUCACCCUUAAGCUAGCCCACGUUCAAUCUCACACUCAACCUUCAUCAAAAGCAUUAUUUAUUCCUACAAGUUUAUAGCUCUGGUGGAUUUUGCUUCUCCUUUGCUAAGGAGAUCUUAGCUUUGCCUCUGUGGAUUUGCCUGUCUAUCCAGAUUUUGGGGUUGCAGUUUGCCAUACAACCUCAGUUCUCUGAUGGGCCCAGAAAAAGCUGUUGCUUUUCAGUUUUCUCAUCUUUUUCUUGUAAGGAUGUGAGUUAUGACUUCCUGAUUCUUUACACAUAGGAGCUGAAACUGCAAGUCUUUCAUAAUAUAUCAUAAUAUUAAAAUAGGCUUCUUUUGAGACCCCUGUAUGGUUAAUUGUGUCAUCUCAACUAAAGGAUGCCUAGAUAGCUGGUAAAACAUUACUUCUGGGUGUGUCUGUGAAGGUGUUUCCAGGAGAGAUUAACAUUUGAACUGAUAGACUGAGUCUAUCACAUUUUCACCAAAGUGGGUAGACAUCGUCCAAUCAAUGGAGAGUCCGAAUAGAACAGCAGAGAGGCAAGUUUCUCCUCUGCCUGAGCUGGGACAUCCAUCUGCCCAGGAACUUUGGGGCUCCUGGUUCUUGGGCCUUCAGACAUGGAAUGGGACUUAUACUAUUGACCCCCUAAUUCUUGAGCCUUUGGACCCCAGCUGGAACUUACACCAUUAGUUCCCUUAGUUUUCAGGUCUUUGGCCUUGGAUUGAAUUACAGCACCAGCUUCUUCCCUCAUUUUUCAGCUUGCAGACAGCAGAUUGUAGGACCUCUUGGCCUCCAUGAUGAUGUGAGGUAAUGGCCAGUGAUCUGUCCAUUCUGUUGGUUCUGUUUUUCUGGAAGACCCCUUGUUUGUUUGUUUUUUAAUCAUCUAGUCUUUCCGUUCUUAACUGUUAGUCUUAAACUAUUUGCCUUUAAAGUUAUUGUUUCUAUCCAACAUGGGCCCAGCAGAAUAGCUCCUGAAAAGAAGGGUGGUGAGAAGAAGGGCUAUUCUAUCAUCAAGAUAGUGACAAGAGAAUACACCAUCAAUAUUCACAAGCAUCCAUGGAGUGGAUUUCAAGAUGUGUGCCCUGUGGGCACUCAAAGAAAUCUGAAAACUUGUCAUGAAGGAGAUGGGAUACUUCAGAUGUGCACAUUGAUACUACUGUGGGCCGAAGGAAUAAGUAAUGUUCUAUACCAUGUGCAUUUGUGGUUGUCCAAACAACAAGGAUGAAGAUUCAUCAAACAGACUCUCUACAUUGGUUACCUAUGUACUCGUCAUCACUUUCAAAAAUCUCCAGACAGUAGAUGUGGAUGAGAACUAACCACUGAUUGUCAGAUAAAGGUAUAAAACUGCAAGAAAAAAAGCUAUUGUUUGAUACAGUUUGAUGAAAAUAUA